AUGGGGCGAGGCGGGCGCGACGACAAGGCGGAUGAGUCGCAGCGCCUGCUAGGAACUCCCGUUUACGUUAACGUCUACGAUCUGACUCGAUAUAACGACGUUCUUUAUUGGCUCGGCCUGGGGGUUUUCCACUCGGGCCUCGAAGUGCAUGGCGUGGAGUACGCGUUUGGAGCGCACGACCAGGCGUGCAGCGGCGUGUUUGAGCUGCCCCCCCGCUGCGCCCCGGGGUUCCUCUUCCGCACCGCCAUCCCCGUCGGCACCACCUCGCUCUCCCCUCUGCAGGUCCGAUCCAUAGUGCAGCAGCUAGCAUGCAGCUACACGGGAAUCAGCUACCAGAUCAUCUCGCGCAACUGCAACCAUUUCACGUCCGACCUCUGCCGCUUGCUCGUAGACCAGGACCCCCCUUCCUGGAUCAACCGCCUCGCCCGCACUGCCCUGCUCUGCAACUGCAUUCUUCCCGAUGGGGUUCGCGUGGAGGUUGGAGAGGUGGACGGGGAGGAAGGGGAGGGGGGAGAUGGGGGGCGGGGAGGGGGAGGGAGAGGAGGGGAGGAGGGGAGGAGGAGAGGGAGGGAGGGGGAAGGGAUGGGUGAUGGGAGGGGGGGAGGGAGGAGUGGGGAGGGGAGAGGAGAGGGUGGGAGACGGAAGGGGCCUGUGAUGGUGUAUGGGGUGAGGGAGGAGGAGCAGAGAUGGGAGGGGAGAGGGGAGGGGAGAAGGGAAGGGAGAGGAGAAGGGAGAGGAGAAGGGAGAGGUGGCAGGGAGGAGGGGGGCGAAGGGUGGUGGAAGGAGAAGGAGUGGCGAGGAGUGGAAGGGGGGGGGUACUUUGAGACAGACUCAGACUCGUCGGAAGAUGAGGAGGAAGAUGAUGGUAGGCCGGCCGGGGGAAGAUGA